CUCCAGGGGGAGGGCCUGGAGGAGAUGGAGAGGGAGGACAAGUUGUCCUGAGCAACCUGGAUGAACUCCAGCCUGGGAGGAGUGAACAGAAGCUUGAAGAGCAUGGAGGGCUGGGAGGGCUGUCUUCAACCGACACCACUAACGCAGCCAAGACGGACCCCAGAGCCCCUGCAGGACGAUCUGGAAAGGUUGACUUGUACUCAUUCCACAGCUCCCCAUCUUCAGACAGCGAGGAGGAGGACAAAGGCAAGAAGGAAAAGAAAAAGAAGAAGCUGAAGAAGAGGAAGAAGAAGGAUUCCAGUUCAUCCUCUUCCUCCUCCUCCUCCUCCUCCUCCUCUGACAGCAGCUCUUCAGACAGUGAAGAUGAGAAGAAGAAGAAGAAGAAGAAGAAGAAGGCAAAGAAAGAAGGUUCUGAGGAUACUAUAGUACAUGAUGCAGCCUCCAUAUCUGAGCCUGGUGAUUGACAGCUUUGUUUUCUGUGUUCGGGCGUGUGUACUGAAGGCUAUGAACUGUUCUAAAUGAUCUACUGUGUUUAAACACAAAUGACCCCGCCUUGUAACCAAAUAUUACACCGACUGUACCUGCCUACUGCUCAAGUGACACAUUCACCUCAAUUCACAUUAUAUGUAUUGAUACCAUGUUAAUGGCACCAUUUUUUAAAUCAUAAAGCAAUAAUGAGAGGAAUGUGGGUAUAUGAGGCGAGGGUGGGGUGGGUGGAUAGGUGUGUAAUCUCAGUCCAAAGGGCAUGUAUUGAGUCAAACAUUUGAUUGUAAUUUUGUUGACUUUGCACCACAUCACAGAUUUGAUCCCUAGAGGGGUUGGCCCUAUUUGUUUUAAGAUCAAGUUGCAAGAAUGAAAUCGAGAGCGUUUUAUCUGACCAUGUGCACUGUUUAUGUUCAAUCAAUCAUCUCUAUACAGAAACACCACCAAAAAAAAAACACACAGAACAACGCUAAUCUUAUAAAUAUUAUAUUGUCGUUCACUAAAACAUAUUGACUGUUUUUGUUGUCGUCGCAGGGCUUGAAGGCGUCACUGAUCUAAACGACGAGGAAACAAAGAAGAAAGAGGAUAACUCAGGCUCAGACAGUGAAGAGGACAAGAAGAAGAAGAAGAAGAAGAAGAAGAAGAAGAAGGUAUGUAUUGUAGCUCCCCUGUAUACAUACAGGUGGUAACGUGUGAAGUCUCAAAGUCUCAUGAAAGAGGUCCUUUUCUAUGUUCCUGUUUUCCGUCUCUCAGGAUUCCAGCUCCUCUUCUUCAUCUUCCAGCUCAUCCUCCUCCUCAGACAGUGAGGAGGAGGAGAAGAAAAAGAAGGAGAAGAAGAGGAAGAAGAAGAAGAAGAAGAAGAAGAAGAAGAAAAAGGAUUCCAGCUCCUCCUCUUCGUCCUCUGAUAGCUCUUCAUCCUCCUCAUCCUCGGACAGUGACAAGAAGAAGAAAAAGAAGAAAAAGAAGAAGAAGCAAAAGAAAAAGGAUUCUAGAGGUUCUUCUGACAGCGAGGCAGACAAAAAAAAGCAGGGAGAAGAGGCAGACGGACAGGGCAAGGAUGAGUACAGCUGUGCUGCUGGCGUUUCAACAGCUGGUGAGGAGGGUGCUGGACUGGAGGGUACCCUGGGACAGAAAUUGGGCAAAGGGGAAAAAAAGAAAGACAAGAAGAAGAAGAAAGACAAGAGAACGGACAAGUGCAAGAAAGACAAAGCAAAGGAGGGUGGUGCAUCAGCUGAAUGGAUUUGUGGCAGAGAUUUUCCUGAAGGAAUGGAAGCUGGAAACCUGAGUGAUGACGAGAGAGAAGGAGGCAAGGAGAAAGAGAAGAAGAAGAAGUUGAAGAAGAAGAAGGACUCUGGCUGUUCAUCAUCCUCUUCAUCCUCGGAUAGCUCUUCCUCUUCAGACAGCGAGGAUGACAAAAAGAAGAAGAAGAAGAAGAAGAAGAAGAAGAAAGCUGAGGAUUCCAGUUCUUCAUCUUCCUCCUCCUCGUCUUCAUCCUCCUCUUCCUCUUCAUCCUCUUCUGAUAGCGAGGAGGAAAAUAAGAAGAAGAAGAAGAAAAAGAAGGAUUCUAGUUCUUCAUCCUCUGACAGCUCCUCCUCCUCUGACAGCGAUGAUGACAAAAAGAAAAAGAAGAAGAAGAUGAAGAAGAAAAAGGAUUCCAGCUCUGAUGAUUCAGAUAGCGAGAAAGACAGGAAGAAGAAGAAGAAGAAGAAGAAGAAGAAGAAGAAGAAGAAGAAGAAGAAGAAGACGAAGGGUUCCUGCUCAUCAGACAGCGAAGACGAUAAGAAGAAGAAGAAGAAGAAGAAGAAGAAGAAGGAUGAUUCUGACAGCGAGGAAGACAAGAAGAAAAAGAAGAAGGACAAGAAGAAGAAGGAUAAGGACUCUGACUGCGAGGAAGACAAGAAAAAUAAGAAGAAGGACAAGAAGAAAAAGAAGAAGAAGGAUAAGCAUAUUUCUAUUUGUGUCCAGGACUCUGACAGCGAGGAAGACAAGAAAAAGAAGAAGGAAAAGAAGAAGGAUUCUGGUUCUGACAGCGAGGAAGAUAAGAAGGAUAAGAAGAAGAAAGACAAGAAGAAGGAUAAGAAGAAAGGCAAGAAGAAGGAUAAGAAGAAGAAGAAAGACAAGAAGAAGAAAAAGGAUGACUCCUCAUCUGGAAGUGAUGAUGAUAAGAAAAAGAAGAAAAAGAAGAAGAAGAAGAAGAAGAAGAAGAAGGAGGAGAAGAAGAAGAAAGAAAAGUGUUCCUCUUCUGGAAGUGAUGAUGAUGAGAAGAAAAAGAAGAAAGACAAGAAGGACUCCUGUUCCGAUGUUGAGGGAGAAUCUAAGAAAAAAACAAAGAAAGAUGACAACAAGAAAGAGGGUGGACCUGAGAAUGAAAAGUGUGGAGAGAUGAAAAAGGAGGGGAAAUAUGUAGGUGGCUUGGUGAUGGGAGGAGGGUGCAUGGAUAGCAAACCAUCUGACGAGGGAUCAGCUAUUCGCCCGAAACCCACCCUGAAGUUGGAGUCUUGGGGGCCGUCGGCAGACGCCAGACCCAACACUCGCUAUGAGUCCCUUUACAGCACCUCGCACUCUCUCAGUCCCAGGGAGAGCAGCCCCUCCCGCCCGCCACUCAGUCCCUUGGAGGCCCUGAUGCGGAACCCAACCUGGACCAGCGACCGUGACCCAAUGACCGGGAGAGGACCAGCCAGCAGCAGAACCACACUGCUCAAAUCCAGUGAUCUGCUCAGGGGUCCUAAGCCUUAUCAGCCUUAAUUAACAUGGAGAUUGGAAAAGAUAGGCCAAGAUGAUUCAUGCUCAUUACAAUCAGGCUGAAACAUGAUCAAAAAGGAAUUCUGUCAGAAAUAAAUAAAUCAUUUCAAUAGGUA